AUGAAAUUGCGACUCCAUUACGAAAGGAGAACAUGGCCAGGAAACUUCAAAAGGAUACAGGAUUUGUGCCAAAAUAUUGCACGGGACUCUGGAAGAAUUAACACAAAUCUUCAAACCGUCAUAUCGAAUGCGUCUGCUGUAGGUGUGGAAGGCAUUUUCCAACGCAUGAAUCACCUGUUGAGGCAGGAUCUCGUCGAACUUCAUCGCCUUCUAGGGUACCAAGUCAGAUAUUCACAAUACUUGGCUGCGGAGGCCCUAAUUGGGACUGCCGAUAGGCCUGGGAAGCUUGGAAAAUCUAUUGGAAUUCUACGGGAACACCUGGAAGCUACUUCCCAGGGGACUGGUACCGUUCUCUUGAGACUGGGAGACAUCAAGAAAACCACGCAAGAUUGCGAGGCAAUAUACGUCAGUAUCCUCGCCGAGAAGAAUGGUCUCGAUAAAGUUUUGCAACUAUUCCGUGGCGAAGCCGAGGCUGAGGAAGGUUCCAGUACCAGAGGGCCGCUUGCUUUUGUUCCGAUAGUGAGACGCAAAAUACAAGAGGAUACAGAUCUUCAACGAGCGGCUCUACAUGCGUUCUUGCAGAUUUCUGACCCAAAGUUGGCAAGAAUUGUACGAACCUGGAUAAACAUUCUUGCCAUCAAUGAAGAUCUAAGGAAUGAAACUUCUCAAGCUAUAGAUGAAGUUAUUGGAAUGACAGUAGCUGAGGUAAGGCGGGCAAGGGAUGAACAGACUGGUUUGGCGUUGGCAGUCCGGUUUCUCGAUCGAAUGGAACAACUAGAGGCAAAUGAUGCCCGUGGACUGAAGAGGGGGUUGGAGAACGAUCAAUUAGAUACCAAGCUACAGGAUGCGUUGGACAACUCAGGCAUCACAGACUCCAGGACAUACAAACAGUCGUUCACACAGGCAGAACAGACUCAAAUCAAGCGAAGGCGUGGAGGAUAA